CAACGGUUAAAGGAAGAAUAUACAAGAACGAAUUUAUUAAAAUCAGUGCCGCUGUAAUUGACGCAGAGAAUAUGCUCGAGAUAUUUAAUAACGCUUCUGUUGAGGAAUGUGCAGAGAAAUGUUACACAUCAGCUACGUGUACAACUUUUCAAUUCAACAACACGGAAUCUGAAUGUGGAUUCUACGGAAUCAGCAAACAUCAACAAAGUGACGCGACUGAAUUAGACAUUGAUUUAUAUCACCUGAGAGAACAUACAAGCCAGUGUUGUCCAAUAAGUUUGAUGAAUGGCGCAGGUCUUUCAGAAGAUGAGAGAUUUUCUGAACGAUUUCUAUCGUUCGAAACUUGUGUGUCUACUUGUUAUAGCGAUUCCUGGUGCAAAACUGUCAGCUUCAACAGAUCGAAUAACACGUGCGCCAUGAGUAAUUAUACCAGUUAUAAUGCCUCAGUUAGACUUAUCAAUGAUAACUGGCAAUACAUGGAAUUCACUAAGUAUCUUCCGCUCGUUAUACAUCAAGAUAGUGGUGGCCUUCCGAAUAUUAUUAACUGUCAUUCUGAUUAUUUCCCAAUGUACAACCUGCGCGAUACAAUGACUAACAGAAGUUUCCGGCAUGAAUUUAUGGCAGUCCAUGAAGCUAAAAUUACCAAAGGGCGUAUGAGCAACAUGUUCAGCGAUUCCGUUGAACAAUGUGCAGAGAAAUGUUAUAAAUCAAAGGAUUGUAGAUCCUUUGUACACAUGAUAUGGAAAUCUGAAUGUGGUCUUUACAGAUGCAACACACGUGAAGAAAUAUUGCGCACUCGCUCAAACCAUGUCUUCUAUCAACGGAGAGUACAACCAAACAAAAAGUGUUGUCCUGUGAGUGUCAUCCAUGGCGUGAGUCUUCCGAAACCUAAGAUGUUCUCUGAACGAGUUUUGUCGUUCAUAGAUUGUCUGUCUAUUUGUUAUAAUGAUUCCUGGUGCAACACUGUCAACUACAACAUAAGAUCACAGGCAUGCCUCACGACUAAUUAUACAAGUUUUAAUGCCAGUGUUCUCAUUAGCGUAUCUGACUGGAAAUACGUUGAAUUCGUAAAGUGUAAGUGGAUAUUUAUUUUUGCUGUUCAACUGUGGGUGCUAUUUCGGCUUCCGCAAAUAUGGCUGGGUGAUCUUCCGUUCAAAACAUAUGAAAUCAAAGAUGGGCAUCUGGGAGUUGUAAACUGUCAUCCUGGUAAUUUCCCUUUGUACAACAACGAAAAGUGUGCAGUAAGUGUAAUUCAUGGUGCAGUUCUUCCGGAAAGUACGAUACGUUCUGAACGAAUCGUAUCAUUCAUAGAUUGUCUAUCCACUUGUCAUAAUGAUCCCUGGUGCAAAACUGUCAACUACAACACAAAAUCAAAGACGUGCCUCAUGACUGAUUAUACAAGUAAUAAUGCCACAGUUAGCGCUACCCAAGACGAUUGGAUUUUCGCUGAAUUCAAACAGAAUUAUACCUUCGAAACAUAUCGAGAUGCAGAUAAUGCUGUAAUACUUAAAAAUUGUUAUUCUGAUAAAUUUCGUAAGCUCUACUUCAAGACAGAGAAAGCGAUAACUUCUGCCAUACAGUCCGACAGGUUUACAAGGUCAUUGAACUCAUACACCUUCUCAAAAACCUAUAAACGCGUAAAUGCUUCAUCAAGACUUGCUUGCGCUGCCAGAUGUAACAUUGCUUCGCGGUGUUUAGCCUUCCUAUAUGAAAACAAGAGGAAUGGCUGUCACAUCUUCAGAUUGUAUUGAAACUUAAUUUUUUUUUUAAUCCGCCUGCUUCUGAACUUGCAACAUUGCCAUCAAUCUUUUGUAUCUCAUGUGUCAGCUGAAAUUUAUAGUCACAUCCGGUUUAUUAUAACUUACCGCUUUUCACAAAUAUUGUUAUUCAUCCUUGCACUAAGAAACGAUUAUGGUUGUUUUCAGCAAACCUUUUUACAAACGGGUGUAUUCAGUAACUGUCUGGUGCUGACAUUAGCUUUCUUCUUUUGCUUAUUUAUCAACUACGGUGAUUUUCAAACAGUAGUGUGGCCCAAGUGGUAUUAAGAUGCAUCAUCGAUUUUUAAUAAUAUAUUUGAAUGUUUAAAACAAUUAAUAUUAUUACAGGGAAACUCAUAAUUUACAAUUUUCUUUCAUGUAAUCAAUUUUCAUCUGUAUUUUACAAUUUCUGUAUUUUGAAUUUAAAAAAUAAAAUUCAUUCUGCUUCUUUUCGACUUUCCAUGCGAUGGCAUGACCAUUCAUUCCUUCUGGCCUAAAUUGCAAUUAUAUUUCAUUCUAUUAUUGUAUCAAACUCGGCUUUAGCUUUUGAAUUUGCUUCGGGAAUUUUACAUGUAUCCAUGUUUCAUUCGAAAGUGAGAUGCAGUUUCAAACCGAACAAAAGAAAGUCAGAGCUUUAAUAAUAUUCAUAAUUUUCUUUAGAUGUUUCUUCUUUUACAUUUUUCUCUUUUUGCCAACCUUCGCACUCACUUUCCUCCCCUUGUCCUCCCUUUUGUAUUUACUCCAGACAUAUUUUCACUCACUUUCACCCACAACUUUCACUCACCUUCAAAAGAAGAGAUAUCUACGAAACAAUAUAAUUAUUUGCUGUUCAACACAUGAUCAUCAAUAUAUAUUUAUGAAAACUUCAUAACUAUGUGCACAAUAUCUUAUGUGAAUUGAUAUAUUGCAUAUUUUAAUCAGUAUUACUGUA